GGGCGGGGCUGGAGGACUGGGCUCCCAAGCACGUCCUGCCCCGCCGGAAGUGAAGGUGCGGGUUCGGCAGCGGGCUCUGAGCGGCCCCUGCCCGGAUGGCAGCAGUAGUUCUAGGGGGAGACACCAUGGGCCCUGAGCGUAUCUUCCCCAAUCAGACUGAAGAACUAGGGCCUCACCAGGGCCCUACAGAAGGCACUGGGGAUUGGAGCAGUGAGGAGCCUGAGGAAGAGCAGGAGGAAACCGGAGCAGGCCCAGCUGGCUACUCCUACCAGCCCCUGAACCAAGAUCCUGAACCAGAGGAGGUGGAGCUGGCACCAGUGGGAGAUGGAGAAGAUGUAGUUGCCGAUAUCCAGGAUCGGAUCCAGGCCCUGGGGCUUCACUUGCCAGACCCACCAUUAGAGAGUGAGGAUGAAGACGAGGAGGGAGCUACAGCAUUGAGCAACCACAGCUCUAUUCCCAUGGACCCAGAACACGUAGAGCUGGUGAAAAGGACGAUGGCUGGAGUAAGCCUGCCUGCACCAGGAGUUCCUGCCUGGGCUCGGGAGAUAUCAGAUGCCCAGUGGGAAGACGUGGUACAGAAGGCUCUCCAAGCCCGGCAGGCAUCCCCUGCCUGGAAGUGACCACUUUGAGAGCUGCCUUAUCUCCCUGCAUCCCACUGGAACCAGCACAGGACUGAACACAUUCCUGGUUGUAAUGCCCAUCUCCCUUUCCACAUCAAGGCAAAUCAGACUUCUUCUCAGAGACCCACUUUAUUCAGUUCUGUACAUAUGGGGACAUUGGCCCAAGCCCAACCCAUUGUAGCAUGUAUCACUCUGGAGAAUAAAGCACCCUAUGUACACAGCCAGAA